AUGCGGGCGACCGCGACGAGCGCGCACGUCGCGCGAGGCGCGAAGACGGCGAGACGAGGGACGGCGGCGCGCGCGGGAGCGACGAAGACGAAGGGACCGCCGGCGAAUUUGGAGCGGUUUCGCAUCGAGACGCCGUGGGAUAAGGCGAAGCAAGUGUUGAAGGAAGAGUUUGGGGCGACGGACGAGGAGUUGAAGCGAUGCGAGGACUUGAGUGAUGAGGAUUUGAAUAAGGCGUAUUACACGAUGCAGUUGUGCCGGGACUUUGAAAACGAGUGCAACCAAGCGUACAUGGCGGGUAAGAUUCGCGGUUUCAUGCACCUUGACAACGGUCAAGAGUCGAUUCCGGCGCUCCUGGCAGACGCGAUCCGUAAGGAUGAUUUGAAGCACUCCUACUACCGCGACCAUUGCCACGCCUUGGCGUGCGGCGUGGAUAGCGGCGCCGUCAUGGCGGAGUUGUUCGGUAAGGACGGUGGCACGUGCCGAGGUACCGGGGGGUCGAUGCACGUGUACGACAUGGAUACGAACUUUCAAGGUGGAUGGGCGCUCGUCGCGGAGCAAUUGCCGUACGCGGUCGGUGCGGCGCGAUCCAUCGUUCUCGACAAGAUGCUCGGGCGCGAUGACGCGCACGACCGCGUCACCGUCGUCUUCGUCGGCGAAGGUGGCGCCCAAAACGGGCGCAUGGCGGAGUGCUUGAACGCGGCGGCGAAGGAGAACUUGCCGAUUCUUUUCUUGGUGAUCGAUAACGGUCGCGCGAUCAACACCUUCACCAAGGAUGUCGCGACGAACCAAGAGGUUUUCAACCAAGGCAAGCACUACGGCGUUCCGGGCGUGCUCGUCGAUGGUCAAAACGUGCAAGAUGUCUUGCGCGUCGGUCGCGCAGCGAUCAAGCACGUGCGCACGAAAGGUCCGGCGAUCUUGCAAGUGCACACUUUCCGAUUCAACGGGCACUCUCCGGCUGAUCCGGAGCACGAGCGCAACCGCAAGGAUGAAAAGCGUUGGGCGCGCGCCGAGUGCGACCCGAUUAAGAUUUUCGAAGAGUCUGCCGACGCCAAGCGCAUCGACCUCGGGGCACAGACUGCCAAGGCUAAGGAAGAAGUUCAGCGCGCUUUGGCGUUCGCCGAUGCUUCUCCGCCGCCGCCC